UGAAGAGAAUCAACAUGGCUGGCGGGCAACUGAAAGCGCGCGCGUGUACCGCCGCGUUAGGUGGUGUGCUUGGUUCUACGAGUACUCGACUCGAUCGACUGUAGACCGAGACUCGAGUUCAGUACCCGGUUGACAGCCGGUGAGGCGGCGGCGUGACGUGGUGUUCCAAGCGUGUUAUACGCGCACGCCGCCUCUGCGCGAUUUUCUAUAAAUUGUAAAUAAAUUUUGUAUACAAUAAAGAAUAUUAACUGUUCAGCAUGUGAUUACCUAUGCUGUUUUUAAAACAAUCUGUAAUAGUGUUGUUUAUUUAUACGGAACACGUUAUGUAGUGUCUUUGAUACGAACUAGGGAGUAACGAAUCGCGUAAUUCACAAUCAAAACACGGUAUUUAUUUAUUGAAUGACGUAUUAAGGGAUUAUACAUGCGUUUUAUGUUGUGUGCUUGCUUACUCGCUCUAAUUUUAGUGUGCAUCAUUGACUGAUUUCGAUGGAUAAAAACAAAAAAGUGUUGUGGAUGAUUUUGUAUAAAUCCUCCGAAGUGUUAAAAAAUCUAAGUGGAAUUUGAUGAUUAUAAUAAAAUAAUAACAAUGGCGGACCGGGAACGUCCUGCGAAAACCCCUAUUAGGGUGGGUUUUUAUGACAUCGAGAGGACCAUUGGCAAGGGAAAUUUUGCCGUCGUUAAGUUAGCACGACAUCGAAUAACGAAGACUGAGGUAGCAAUUAAGAUAAUAGAUAAAUCACAAUUAGACGCCAGCAAUCUUCAAAAGGUCUACAGAGAGGUGGACAUCAUGAAGAGACUGGAUCAUCCUCAUAUUAUUAAGCUUUACCAGGUCAUGGAGACGAAGAACAUGAUCUACAUAGUUUCUGAGUAUGCAAGCAAAGGCGAAAUUUUUGACUACAUCGCGAGGUACGGCCGCAUGGCUGAGCAGGCUGCGCGGCGCAAGUUCUGGCAGAUCCUCUCUGCUGUGGAGUACUGCCACGAGAGGCGAAUCGUUCACAGAGAUCUCAAGGCGGAAAAUUUACUUUUGGACGCGAACAUGAACAUCAAGAUUGCGGAUUUCGGGUUCAGUAACUACUAUGCGACGGGAGAACUGCUCGCGACGUGGUGUGGAUCUCCUCCCUAUGCUGCCCCCGAAGUCUUCGAGGGCAAGAGGUACACCGGCCCAGAAAUUGAUAUAUGGAGUCUCGGCGUGGUGUUAUACGUGCUCGUAUGUGGGGCACUGCCUUUCGACGGCUCCACUCUUCAGUCAUUAAGGGACAGAGUGCUCUCCGGCAGAUUUAGGAUACCAUAUUUUAUGAGCGAAGAUUGCGAGUCUUUGAUUCGCAAGAUGCUUGUUUUGGAGCCGAUGAAGAGGUACACGAUAGAGCAGAUCAAGAAGCACAGGUGGAUGGCAGCGGAGCCCUACGCAGUGCCUGUGGUAUCGGCAGACCCAGCCCGGAGCCCCGCGCAUGCACCCGCGCAUAAUGAGCCCAAUGACCAAGUGCUGAGGCUCAUGCAGAGCCUAGGAAUAGACCCCAUUAAAACCAAAGAGAGCCUCAGGUCGAAUAGCUAUGACCACCAUGCGGCCAUAUAUCUGCUUCUACUAGAGAGGCUAAGAGCCCGAGCUGCGAGCGGGGCCAGUGUGUCAACCGUGGAAGCUCGUACUAGGCCAUCACGCCGACCAUCCUCAGUGGCGGACCAAGCAUUAGCCAAAGAAGCUCAUGAUGCCAGACGAGAACAUCAUACUAGAUUACUUCAUGCUGGGGAUUCUCAGUCAAGGGAUUACAAUAGAGCCACACCGACAAUAUCCGCUGCACCGGCGGACUCAUCGUCUGCCGAAACGCAGCGACUAUUGUCCCUCGCGGCCGUCAACAUGACUGAACAAAGACUGCUCCAGCGAAACUCCGACCCCUCGGAUACGCACCGGAGCUUUCUCGUCAGUAACCUUGAUGCUAUCUCCAGAAGUCAUGAAUCAGAAUCAACUAGGCUACUGUCCAUGAGAAAUAUUGAUGUGACUCAAUCAAACCAAAGGCUAGGUGCUAAAGUUAACGAGCCUACUAUACCCACACAUAGGCUCCUCACCUCAACCUACGAACAACAACAAAACAUACUAAAACAAUCAAGCGAAGACUGCCGACGGCUGUUGCAGCAGUCGACAACUGUGGGGCCUGAAACUAGCAAAGGUACUAUCGACGGUACUAGACUGCUUACUUCGUCUAGUUUUGAUUCAAAGUGUGCUAUUGAUGGUGGAAGAAGUUCUUCAGCGACUGAUCAUAACGCCAUAGCGAGUUUUCUACAAAAUUCGGCUUCAGCCACUAAUUUCAAUGUUGAUACUAUGAAGUUACCUAAUUCAACUACAUUCACUAUGUGUUCCGAAGCAGCUAAACUUAUGAAUACCUUACAACAGUCACCUCUACCUCUAAAGGGAACUGUGAACCUAAGCACAAGCCCCAUCCCUUCACAGCUUGGUGAAUCCAAACUCAGCAGUGUGUUAGAACAACCAAAGCCUCUGGAAUCCACAAGGCUUGUGUCACAAGCGCAACAACAAGAUCUCAAUCGUCUUCAAACUAGUACUCCUCCGUUUAAAGAUUACAUGAAUCAUCAUCUUCCUGCCUAUGCAUAUUUACAAAAUUCCGUUCUGCCUCCGAUAUCGAGCACAGCUGAUGGCAAUUUUUCUAUGUCUACUGCAGGCACCGGUGAUUUAUUUCCGACCGGACUAUACAGACCAGACAGCAAAUUUUCUCUUAAUCGAUAUACAACGGGACAAACUUAUUCCCAAAAUCUUCAAGGUAGCGGCAAUACGACAGAGACGACAAAAUUUCAACAACAGUAUUCUUCGUCAACCGACGAAGGCUGCGAGACAGAUAUGGAGGACGUCGCGAACGCAUCAAGCGGAGUUCAAAACAGACUGAGUUCGUACGCAAGCUCAAGCUCUAGCAGCGGAGUAGUCACAUUUUUUAACAACAAAAGUCUAAGUCAAAACCUGAGUUGCGAUUCGUCACAAAGUAAUUUUUCAACGUUUGAGAGCUUGGAUUACCAAUUGUCCGACUGUUCCAGUGAGUUAGCCAGUAGCCUGCCAAGCUGUACGUCUAAUGAAGAAAAAUUGGCCUACGACAAUAAUUCCCUCGUGAACACUAGCCCGAUGCACCCAUGCGUUUACAUAUCGUCUUACAACAAUAAAACUCCGGGCGUGGGAUUCAUUGCGAGACACAAUCCAUUGAACUAUCAAUCAGUCAAUAAUAAGAAUUGUCCUCGAGCAAUCACGCGGAGUCCGGUUGACUUUCGGGAAGGUCGUCGGGCAAGUGACGGCCUUGUAGCACAACAAGCUGCGCAGUCCAAUGAAUCGCAAAAGAAUAGUCUUGCUUUUAAUAGCCAGCGGUUGAAUGAAAACUGUAAGGCUAAAGGGGUUUUAGAACUACACCUUGUGCAAAAAGAGGCCCAAAAGUUGAAAACUCAGUACCAGUCAACGAUACCGGCAGAAGAGAUGACACAGAGACAAAUACAACAUAAUCAGUUCGCGGCAAGUUUCAGUCCACACUACUUAGAGACAAAAGCACCGACUCCUAAGCGUAUCAGCCUUCCCGAAACCUUUAACUACUCUAGCACAUCGCCACCUAUGCCAGCCAGCCCCAAAAUGGUAGCACAAUUACAGGACCAAGUAGAGUUGCAACACGCUGCCUCACAAGUCAAACCUCCUUUGCAGCAGCAGCUUAUGCAACACAGACUGUUCCAACAAAAGCGACAGCUAUUACAGAAGCAAAUGACUCCACCUAACAUCCCCUCUCACGAGAUGGGCAUUCAUACUCUGCAAGUGGGCCUCAGCAGGCGACAAAUGCUACGGCAGCAAAGUUACAAGAUAGCACAGCAACAACAAAUCCUACCGCCCUUGCCAUUAACGGAAACGGAGAAUCGAGAUCUGCUCGCCUUCCAAGCUUUAGUGGAAGGGCCGAACAGAACACCGAAACACAAGUCCGAUGAAAGCCAAGAGGAGCCGAAGUUCGCAUAUCAAGGAUCGAUGGAGAUCAGCAUCAUGAAUAAGGAAAGGUUGGGUAACGAGAAUUGGUCGAACUUGCCGUCGAGCCUGCAGAGCGCGUGCCAGAUCUCGGAGCUGGCGGGGCGGCGCGAGGCGCGCGAGGGGGAGGGCGAGGCGGCGGCGGCCGCGGACGCGGCGCUGUGGCCGGCGCAGUGGAACGCCUCGCUGUUCCAGCCGCAGCCCUGCUUCCAGUCCAACUGGCAAGGCCACAGCUUGCCGCCGACAGCCAUGCUACCUCUCAGCGAGAGCCCCAUCUUGGAGCUCACCGAACAAAUGGAGUCCAUUUAGUUGUAGACCUUAGGAAAUUGUAAACGUUGUUAAUAUUAUAACGAUGGUCGUAUUGUGUCGUCGAUUUGAGAAAAUAUAACUUGAAAGACUUUUGGUAAUUCGUAGGUACUGAAAAAUGACAAAAUAUCGGUUAGGUAACAUAGCCAUCGAAACAGGAAAUAAAACUUUGGUAUUUCUUUUUCUUUAAUUGGUCAAAGGAUUUUCCAAUAGCUAUAAAUAGGUAAUCGGCCGUACCGUUGAAACCAGCAAAUACUUAUACGGACAAAACCCUGGGUUUGUCCUCAUCGACGACACAAUACAACUGAUAUCCGAUACGCUUGACAACACUACCAUUAUUUAGUGUAAUAUAACGCGAUCGUUGUAGUACACACAAACAUUUAUUAUUGUUAGUAUACAUGCACUAUGUUAGCCAAUAAAUUGGAUACAAUUCCAAUAAAUAUUAAAUUAAUUUAGUGAUAAAUAACGCGACAAUAUCCAUAGGUUAAGUUGUUACGUGGAUGCGUUUUAAUUUUCUAAGCAACUUUGAAAAUCUCUUAUGAAUUAUGAUACUCUUCUUGACUUCUCGUUAUGAUUGCUUGGACAAUAAAAUUAAAAAUGCAUGUAGGUAUCAACCUGCACUCUAUUUUUCAAAUGAAUUUACUUUUGUAUCUCCUAGGUGUAUUUAAUGCAUUCGAAUUUAAACAUAUUCUGGAAGCCGGCACCCAUUGACGGCACGGUAUUUGUAAGUGACGAACAAAAACAUAUAAAUUAACAUAAUGAAAAUCUGCAUCCCGGGGGAUGCAGAUAAAAAGGCAGUCUUCGGGAAACUGUGGCAUUAUUCGCCCACCCAAACCUCUAAUGACAAAGUGAUAUACUGCCCCAGGUGGACUGAUGCAGGCCACUGCCUAUUUGGCGGUUGGUCCUAUUUAGCCCGUUUGUUGCCGUGUGUAGGUAAGAUAGACAAUUCGGUUUUCCAAUUGAUGAAGACGAAUGUCGAAGUAUCCAUCGCUAUCCUGUGCCGCAAUGGGCGCCGACCCUAAAUAAACGUAAGCCGUGUCCACAUUGUGCAUAUCUGACUUGCGGUUAUUACGAAAGCAAAUUAUUAGAUACGAAUUUGUGUGGGCAGGCUGACGUACCUACUUCUGCUAAGGGGCUCAUUAGACGCAAUCCUUGCAAAACAAGGAGACACAUAGCCAGGAUUACAUUAUAACACUAAAAAUCACCUGAGGUAUCCACCUUUUGUCCUAACUAAUGAUACAAUCUAUACUAUGGAGAAAGGACAAUGUCCGAAAUUAGCGGGUAAUUUUCUGACUUCAUGACUUCUUAAUCUUAGUAGUUAUUACCUAGUUGUGUAUGUCGUAGAAAACUUAAACAAACUGUCAACAGUUUUGUUUCUAAUUUUAGAAAAAAACUGAUGAUAUAGGUACCUAAUACACUGAUAUGAUGUAGGUUUCCUAUCUUUAUUGCUAGACGAUUUAUCUUAUAGCCAAUUCUAGGUAGGUAUAUUUAUGGCGCCACAAUAAUGGUUCAGUAUAGCAAACUAUGAGCAAUGGAUUGGGACACCAUUUUACGGUAGAAAAACGUAAAUAAAGGUGUCACAACUAAUCAAGUGUUGAAGACCUUAUAACCUGCUCUUAACUUAGGAAAUUAUUGAUAUUUUUAAUUUAUUUGACUGUAUAAUUUUCCAAAUGUCGAUCUUGUAUUAGAUAACAAUAUUCCUUGUAAAUAAACUACCUCUAAUUAACUUCGAAUACAAGACUGAAUUCAGUGUCAAUUCAGAACAAUGUAUUGUCACACGAUACCAUCCGAAAGUCGAAGAUUUUUUGUUAUUUUGAAACACAAGACGGUUUUAUUUUAGGAUCACAUUGCAUUACAGAUUGAUUGAUAUCAGUGGCAUGUGUUUGUGACGGUUAAAGUUAGGACAUAUCACAGUUUGUUAGUUAACGUCACAGCACGAUAAUUUAGCGUAGUUAAAACAGGAGUACACUGUUUCACCCAAAUUGACAUU